AUGGCUAAAGACAGCCAUCGGUCAUCAGUCCUCUUUGAGAGUCUAGACAAGAGUCUUAUCAUUCUCGAUAUCCCCACGACCCUGGAAGAAAGCCAGGUUCUUCCAUCUCAGAUCCCCCGCCGCCGCAUCGUCUCCGCAGAGCCCCCCGCAACUCCGUAUCCAACCCCGGAGCCCCGGCAGCAUGGAAGAGGCGAUCUUUCGGCACUCGCGCCACCUGCUGCACAGUUGGCCGAGCUUAUGACAGCAGCAACAGUCAGUAGCGCAUUAGAGGAUCUAAGCAGUUCGUAUUCCGGUCCCUUUCAUCGGGAUCGCCUCACUCAGCCGCAACAAUCGCCGGCGGUAUCCGUCCUGCCGCCUUUACUUCCAGACAAAGCCGAGCCUUUGUAUGGCUCUGUUGAGGCCCUGUGUGAUUCUUUUCACAGCUCAGCUCCCAAGUUUGACCUUGUCGUUUUAGAUCCUCCAUGGCCAAAUCGGUCUGUAAGGAGAAUGAAGGACCAAUACGCUACCGUCUCCAAUUUGACUGAGAUGAGCAACCUCUUAUCGCAGAUCCCCUUGCCUGCUCAUCUUACACCCGACGGACUCGUCGCCGUCUGGAUCACUAACAAACAUAGCAUUCAUGACUUUCUGACCUCUCCCACAGGUCUUUUUGCUUCCUGGGGUCUCGAGCUUGUGACCGAGUGGACAUGGCUCAAAGUUGCUACAUCAGGUGAACCACUCUAUGACAUCGAGUCGACAUGGAGAAAGCCAUGGGAGAAGCUCAUUAUAGCAAAACGCAUCGGCAGCAAGAAGCCAGAUGCCCUCAAGCCGAAGGUCAUCGUGGCAGUUCCUGACGUGCAUUCGCGAAAGCCAAAUCUACGGGAUCUAUUUCAAGAUGUUCUCGGAAAAGAAUGUCUCGGACUUGAGAUCUUUGCUCGAAACUUGACAGCCGGCUGGUGGAGCUGGGGAAAUGAGACACUGCGCUUUCAGCAACCUGAACACUGGAAUGACAUAUAA